AUGACAAUUGCACAUUCUAGCUCAACGAUUUGUAGAAUACGCCUUUGCCCGCAAUUAGAGAGAGAUCAUGCUGCAGAUUCCGAAAAAUUACAUCAAGAAACUAUUAUCAAUAAUAGAAAAGUAAACAUGAAGUGUGAGAGUCCGUAUAGCGCCAAGAGUACGCUUGAUACCGAGAGUCCAACUGAUGAUAACGAGGGUUUAAUCUGUAAACAUAGUAGCCCAUUUUCAUGGUUGUUUUGCAGACCUAAGAACGAAAAACAAAAGAAAAGCUCCUCAAGUGACGAAGAAAAAAGUGGUAGCAAGUUUGUACUAUUGUCACCGUACUUCAAAAACGAGUUGUUGGAUAAAUUAGACUUUUGUAUCGAUGAAGUAAAGGCCAUGGACAAUAUAGACCCAAAAUAUGUUACUGGAUCAUUGGUUAUUCUUUGUAAAUCAUUGAGGAAGAUAUAUAUUGAUUCUCAAAAGCAACAUAUAAUCAAGAAAAACAACAACUUGAAAUAUGCACAAAAUUUGGAGAAUUGGGAAAUAGCCAUCUCUUCAAUUCAGAUAUUUAUUGAUGGUUUAAAAGAAAGCAAAACUUCUUUAUCAACACGAGGGGCUAUACAAAAGAAGGAAAAAGGAGUUGCUGAAAAAUUAGCUAGUGAUACCAGCAUAGAAAAUGAGAAGACAAAUCCUAGAAUAUCACCUAGUCUAAGAGACAAGCUACUCAUCCAUGAAGGAACUUAUUUGUCGAGUAAGAACAAUUCAGGCGACCUUUCCUCUGGAGUACCAUAUAGAACAUACCAAAUGCCAUUUCAUCGUUCGCCAUACAAUUACUCAAAACGCACUGAAAAUGAAGAUUCCAUUUUGAUGGACAUCAAUAACCGAUUACAGAAUGCUUCAGAUUUAGAUUGGCUUUAA